CGCCGUUAAUAUUUGUCGGCGCAGGGCUCUGCUCCAGACGCAAAUUUAUAAAAAAAUUAAUAAUUACGUUUUGAGUUAAACAAAUCAGUCCAAAUUUAACUUUUGAAAGGAGGAGUGUGCUAAACAAAAGAAAAUAAUUUGCGUUAACUAAAACGAGCAGUUUAAGCAUGGCAUCUAUGUUGGCUAAAAAUCUAAGACGUGUUGUCGUUGGCGGCGGAAGACAACCCAUGGUCGCUGGCCUCAAUAACUACUUCACUUAUGCCAAUGAAAUCUCACAUCCCUUGAAUCGUAAACCGCCAAAUGUAACACCCGAGGAAGCAGUACAAUGUAUUCAAUCUGGUGACACCGUUUUCUGUUCUGGUGCUGCUGCCACACCCAAUGCUCUUAUUAGUGCCAUGGUUGAACAUGGUAAGAAGUGCAAUUUAGAAGAUGUUACCGUAUGCCAUAUGCACACUGAAGGUCCAGCCGCCUAUACUUUACCCGAAAAUGAGAAACAUUUCCGUUCCAAUUCCUUCUUUAUGGGUGGCAAUGUACGUAAGGCUGUAGCCGAGGGACGUGGUGAUAACUUUUCGAUUUUCUUGCAUGAAAUUCCACAAUUGUUCUAUCGUAAAAUUGUACAACCCGAUGUUGCCUUAGUGCAUGUAUCGCCACCAGAUCGUCAUGGCUACUGUUCAUUGGGUACCAGUGUGGAUUGUGUUAGAGCUGCUCUCUUGCAUUCAAAGAAAAUUGUUGCUCAAGUGAAUAAGCAAAUGCCUCGUACCUUUGGUGAUGCUCCCAUUCACAUGUCUCAUUUCGAUGCCAUGAUUGAAGUUGAUACUCCUCUGCCCCAACAUGGUGGCAAAGGACCCAGUGAAGUUGAAGCUAAAAUUGGUAAAUUGAUUGCCGAGAAUUUAGUACAUGAUGGUGCCACUUUGCAAAUGGGUAUUGGUAGCAUUCCUGAUGCUGUUUUGUCUCAACUACACAACCACAAGGAUUUGGGUAUCCACUCGGAAAUGUUUGCCAACGGUGUUGUCGAUUUAGUUAAGGCCGGUGCUGUUACCAAUCGCAUGAAGAAAAUGCAUCAAGGUCGUAUUGUUGGUUCUUUCUUGAUUGGUAACCAAGCUUUGUAUGAUUUCGUCAAUGAUAAUCCUUUCAUUGAAAUGUAUGCCAUCGAUUAUGUAAAUAACACUAGUGUAAUUAAGCAACAACCCCGCAUGACUGCCAUUAACUCUUGCAUUGAAGUCGAUUUGACUGGUCAAGUUUGCUCUGACUCUAUCGGUACACGUUUCUUCUCUGGUUUCGGUGGUCAAGUUGAUUUCAUUAGAGGUGCUGCUGAAGGUUUGGAUGGUAAAGGUGUACCAAUUAUUGCCAUGCCCUCGGUCACCAACAAGGGUGAAAGUAAAAUUGUACCCACUCUCAAGACUGGUGCUGGUGUUGUUACCUCCCGUGCCCAUGUCCACUAUGUGGUCACUGAACAUGGUAUUGCCUCAUUGUUUGGCAAGAAUAUGCGUCAACGUGCUUAUGAACUUAUACAAAUUGCUGAACCCAAACAUCGUGAAGCUUUGGAAAAGGCUGCCUUUGAACGUUUGAAGGUUAUGCCUUCAAAAUGUUAAACAAUUUAAUUGUUCGUAACAUUUUUGUUUAGCACACAUCACCUAUUAUACCUUAUUGCAUUAAGAUUGACUUGCAUAUAUGCAUUUUGAAUAGAAAAACGAAAACAAAAAAAGUGAAAAAUACGAUCAAUCGUCUUAAGUUUUAAUUAAGUGCGUUAUAUUCUUUAUGACACCUCUAGACUUUUACAUACAACAAACAAUGCUGCUAUAAAACACCAACUAAACUAACAACACCACACUACCAGCUCCUUGGAUAUACAUAUGCCUACUUCUCCUAUUCAAUUGUUAUAUGUUUUAAGUCAAGCAUUAACGAUGAUCGGCCUUUUUGA